AUGGAGUUAGAUAAAGAUAAAGAUAAAAAUAGUGAAUUAAGUGAUUCAGAAUAUGAUAUUGCUAAAAAAAAAUUAUAUAUUCAUUUCAAAAAAAUUAAGGAUCCAUAUAUUAAUAGAAUAGUAGAAGAAAAAAAAUUUAAUAAAGGUGAGAAAAUUAUAUUAGAAUCUCAAGAGCCAAUAUUCAAAACUUUUUCAUUCAAACAUGAAACAAUAGAAAUUAUUAGAGAGGAUCGAAUUGGAGCUAUUAUAGAAAAGAGAUAUAACAAAAUUAUUAAUCAGAUAGAAGAUGAAACAUUACAAGAGUCAAGUUGGACAUUUGUUUGA